UUCCCCCGGAACCGCUCUGGAGGCAGUGCGAGACCGCUCUCGCAGCGCCUCUCCUCGGUCACAGCCUGUCACCGGUCACUUCCAGUUCCAGGCAGCGGGUCCUGGCGCCUUCUCUGCCCCGGAAAAACAGCGUCGAGCCGCGGCCCCAGAGCACCGCCGAGCAACCGCCGAGAUGCCCGGGAUGAUGGACAAGGGCUCCGAGUACCUGGGCAAGGGCCGGUCCAACGGAACCAAGAGCCCGUCAACGGCCUCUAACGGACACUGCACGGACGAUAGCAGCGACGAGGAGCACGAUGUGGGGAUGAGGGUGGGCUCCGAUUAUCAGGCCACCAUUCCAGAUUUUGAACCAGGAGCCACAAAAUACUCGGACAAAGAGAGUGGAGGGAUGCUCGUGUGGUCGCCCUAUCACUCCAUCACUGAUUCUAAAUUGGACGAGUACAUCGCCAUCGCCAAAGAGAAGCAUGGAUACAACGUGGAGCAGGCACUGGGCAUGCUCUUCUGGCACAAACACAACAUAGAGAAGUCUCUGGCCGAUCUCCCAAACUUCACUCCCUUUCCAGACGAGUGGACGGUGGAGGACAAGGUUCUGUUCGAACAGGCCUUCAGCUUCCAUGGCAAGAGCUUCCACCGCAUACAGCAGAUGUUACCAGAUAAGUCCAUCUCGUCUCUGGUGAAGUAUUAUUACUCCUGGAAGAAGACGCGCUCUAGAACCAGCCUCAUGGAUCGUCAGGCCAGAAAGUUAGCUAGCCGCUCCAACCAGGAAGACAGUGAUGAGGAAAUGGAGGAGGCCAACCCGAUCGAAGCCAAUGACAGUGACUACGACCCCAACAAGGAGACAAAGAAAGAGAACCAGCCCGAGGCCCCUCCCCCAGGAGCUAAACUAGCCCUGGGUCGCAGAGAGCACCAGACACUUACGCACCGCCACCACCAGAGGGCGCGCUGCAGACCGCCCAAAGGCAUGUACCUGACACAGGAUGACGUGUUAGCCGUUAGCUGCUCCGUGUCCGCGGCAAACAGUCUGCUGAGGGGGCUGGACCUGGAGCUGGUGUCGCUAAAGAGACAGGUGCAGAAUGCAAAACAGAUCAACAGUGGACUCAAACAUGUUCUGGAGUCUGGGAUUGAUGAGUUUAGGCUCCCUGAGAGUAAUCAGAAGGUGAACGCUCGCUGGACCACAGAUGAGCAGCUGCUGGCUGUUCAGGGUGUGCGUAAAUAUGGUAAAGAUUUUCAAGCGAUUGCAGACGUGAUCGGUAAUAAGACUGUGGGGCAGGUUAAGAACUUCUUUGUGAAUUACCGACGUCGUUUUAACCUGGAGGAAGUACUGCAGGAGUGGGAGGCAGAGCAAGGAACCAGGGCUCCCAAUGGAGACAGCGCCACCUGUGGAGAGGAAGGAAAGAACAGCACCCCUGCCUCAGGCAAAAGUACUGACGAAGAAGACGAAGAGGUCUCGUCUGGCGCGUCUCCAGCCGCUGCCUCCUCCUCCUCUCACCCCCCUCUCUCCUCCUCUUCCUCCUCCUCUCUUCACCAGCCUCCUCCUCUCCUCCGCCCUUCUCUCCCGGCUGCUCCUGCUCUUCAUCGUCAUCCUCCUCCUCUCCAGCAGCAGGCUCGCUUCCUCCAACCACGCUCCACCUUACAGCAGCCCCCGCCCCUCAUCCGGCCCUCGUCCAAUCAGCUGCCUCCAAGGCUCAACCCAAGACCGCCCACUACUACCUGCAGUACUGCCCCCGGAGCCACAGGGGGAGCCACGCAGCCACAGCAAGAAGCUCCUCCUUCACAGGCUUCAAACGUGCACUAAAACGCAACACCACCGCUGGGUCAAAUGAAAACAGGGUCUCACUCACCCAGAACUCUGCAAAAACAAGUUAAAGCCGCACUGCGUAACUUUUCUGGUGGAGAGUGCAGUGCCUGCUUGUCUGUCUCCAUGGACAUGUUUUGCUCUGGAUGUUCAACAGUCUGGCAUUAAACUCGUAUGUGUCCAUGAAGAAGGAGAUGAUGCCACUAGAUCAUCACAGAUCAGAUCUGUGGAGAGGAUAGCCUGCUUGUUGUAAGAAUCCAUGUUUUUCAAACAACGAAAACAUUUGUAGUUGAAGAAAUUCAAAAUGAAUAAGUAAAAUAUUCCAGGCAAAAAAACAUCUCCAUGGAGACAAGCAGGUGUCAGAUCCUCUGACCCCUGAAAAGUUACAUUAUGCAGCUUUAAAAUAAACAAGUCCAGACGAUUAUAGGUGGACAUUUGGACAAUGUUUGGUUGAAACUACAUAAUACAGUGUGGGCAAACGGUUUAGUGGGUCGAGAUGUCCACCCUCUUACCGAGAGGUUAUUAGUUCAGUCCCCAUGUAUUGCAUACGAAGUAUUGGUUUUGAUCUCUGGUGUUACCUGGUUGGAUAUUUUUAAGUUUAAGCAUUAUUGUGACUUUUCUGCUGGAGGGUGUGCUACCUGCUUGUUACUGUGGAAAUGUUAUUGUUUUGUUUGGAAUGUUCCACAGUAUGGCAUUAAAUUUAUAUAUCUUGCAUUUAUUCAAUUACAGGUGGUUUUAUUGCUCCAAACUACCUCGAAAAACAUGUAUACUACAGCGGGGGUCGCCUCUUAGCAGAUCUGAGCUGUAACUUGGUGGCGUGACCUACUUGUCUCCAUGGAGAUUGAUAAGUUUAAUGCCUGUGGAACAUUCCAGAUGCUUCUGCAUGGAGAAUACCAGGAAGGUAAAUAGUGCAUUUUACACUAUAUCUACAUCUAACCAUAUAAGGACAUUUCCUUGCUUUGUGUAUUUGACAAUGCCCAUUUUUGAACCAUGUCAACAUUAUAAAAUUUUUAUAUUUUUGGUUGAUUAAUAAUUUUAUUUUUGUUAAAUCUGUGUUCCUACCGUCCCUUUAAAUGUAUAAAAUAUUUAAUUUAAAUUUUUGGAGCAGACAUGAUGGCUCUAGUGACUUGGACUUUUGGUUUGGUUUCUGAAAAAUAUUGUAAAUAUUAUUUGAGAUAAAAAAUUUUAGGCUGUUCUAAAAAGCCUAAAUUUUACCCAACGCACUUUUUUAGAAACUCUCCAUGGGUGAUGGUUUUGGAGUCACAAAUUAUUGACAACUGCAAUGUGAAUAAAAAAAAUAUAAUGUAAAAAUAUAGUGACUUUAAAAUGUUACUGUUUAGAGCUCAAAUAUUCUGCUAAAAUGACCUUUUCUCUCAUUAAACCUGUUCUAAUGUGAUAAAAUAUUCCGUAGUGGGGCUUCAACCGUGUUUUUUUUAUUUUUUAUGUAGUGUUCCCCUCAAAAACUUCCCCGGCAUUGUAUUUUGUUUCAUUCACACAUACUGUUCUACCUUGUGACAUCAUCAGGUGGUAAAACAGGGAGUGCUGGUCUUUGUUUUAAAUUCUUAAAGGGUAGCUUCAUCGAUAGCUCUGAAAUCUGUGAUAAUAUUGCUAUUGGAUAAAAUACCCUUUACUAAUAUAAUUUUAAGAUUCAUAUCAGCCAAAUUAAUGUAUUUUUGAAUGUAUAACUUAUGUUCAGGGGUUUAAUGUCGUUGGUUUUCUGAUUUUUAUUUUAUAUUUUGUGGCUAUUUCGGUCCUAUUUUUAGCUUAAAUCAUGUUCCACUGUUCUCCUUCGUCACUAAUAACACAAGUUGUAUUCAUUUCCUUUUUUGACUCUUGCAUGUUUGAGUAAUGCUUUUUGUAAUUCAAUUUUUCUUCCAUGUUUGAGUAAUUGUAACCAGCCUAAAUGUUAGCAGCUACUCUUAGUAACCUGAUUUAAGCUGCUUUACUUCUCAGUGCACCAGCAGAUUGAGUUCUUAACCCUUAUAUAAACAAAACUGUACAACUGUUAAAAAUAAAUUUUCUAUCAUGUGGAAAAAAAACAUUGGAAAUGUAUCUGUUAAAAUCAGUAAAUGCUAAAAAAAAAAAAAGUUUUCCUUUAUUUUAGAGCGUGAUCUUUUCAGGCUACUUAAUAUAAAAUGUAAUAAAACUGCUUUUGACAAUUACAUUAAAAAUAAUCAAAAUUUGACCAAUGAUUGUUUGAGUAAAAAAAUAAUAUAUUGUUUAUAUAAAAUGUCCCCACUAGGUUCUAAAUGUGUUUAAUGUAUUUGUUUUUUCUGCAUAAAAAUAAAUAUUAAAGAAAAGUUUUGCCAAUUUAUUGCACUUCAAAACUGAGUUUGAAAAUCUUAACAUUUCAAGAACGUGUAAAGUUGUAUUUAAAAGUCAGGGCAUUACUGUUUUUAUCUGUCUGUUCCUCACUCAUUCUCGUAGUAUUUUUGUAAAUUUGAGCAUUGUUUCUGGAUUUUCGGUGUAAACGUGUCACUUUUAUUUUUCAGGUCUGGUUUAAAACAUUGUAAAUGUGUCAUGUGAAAGUGCUCUUAUGGUUUCAGAUGAACUCUGUGAAGUCAAUGGAAAGUGGACAAAAAUAAAACACAUUUUGAGCCUGAA